AUUUACAGCACUUGACGUGUAGUUGAGUGGCCCCAACUGCUGGAAACCUUCCAGGACAGAUGUGAUGCACGGGAAUUAUUGGAUGUGACAGUCACUGGCAAGGCCAAAGUCAUGGUCCAUCCCUAAUCACCCUUGCAAGGUGGAACUGCUGCAGUCUUUCUGCUGAAGGAACCUGCAAGGAGUCCUGAUGGGGCUGGAGAGACCUUUAUUUGCCAUUCUUUUGGGGUUAACGAUCUCCCUGGCAGCAGCACAGAAUGACACCAGAAUCUGUCAGGUGGCCCCUCACUGGGAGAUUGGCAAUCGAAGUCCAAUGGAGGAACUGUCUGGGCAACUGGUUGUGGUGGCCCUUCUCAAAGCAAGCUGAUCGUUCUGUCUACACCAAGCAGCCAUAUUAGGCCGUUUGCGUGACAAGCUUGCCCUUCAGGGCUUGAAGAACAUACAUUACAUAAUUGUGAAUGAUAAAGCAUAUGAAUCCAGGAUCCUGUUUUGGAAACUCAGAGGGAAUACUCCCAAGGAUAUCCCUGUUUACCAGCAAUCACGAUUUCAACCUGAUGUUUGGCAAAUCCUGGGGGGUGUCAAAGAUGACGUCUUCAUCUAUGAUAGAUGUGGUAAAUUGACCUUUCAUAUCACGGCACCACAUAGCUACCAGUUUUACCCCUAUGUUGAAGCAGCAAUCCGAGCUACAUAUAACACUGAUAUCUGUGGGAACUGCAGAGCCAAUAACAUCACACUGGAGACAAACUCAUCACCGUCUACAGAACAAAGUUAAUUCAAUCUAACAUCACAGGUUUGAAAAGUGAGGCAUUUGAAAAUCAGUUACAUGAGCGCCACUUGUGCCAAACUAAAUUUCAACUGCGCCCAAUUAGUAGAAUUCUCAACAUCAUUUCAACAGCCUAAAAUGAGGAUACUUGAAGACUGGAGCAGAACAAAACAAGUCUUCAUCAGAAAUGAGAGCUAUAAAUUACAGGCCAAAUGCCAAUAUUGACCCUAAUGAUGUGCAACUUGCUGUUUCAGAAUCCUAGUUUUAUAUUAAUCAUCUUGACACAAUGUAAUUUUUAUUUGAGAGUCUUAAUGUAUAAUAUCUCUCCUUUGAUAAUCUAAGAUGACUGCAGUCUAAUGUGGCAUCAACGAUGAGCUCUGUUGACUGCCCUUUUGAGCAACUGACCAUUUGUUUAUGGCUCCCCCUCUUUUUCCAAGACAUGCAUCAAUUCAGCUGUCCCUCUGAAUAUAGGAAAAUCAGAGGUCUAGUCACCAGGAUCUCGCCUGAAUAUUACCUGUUCUCAUGCAUCUCCUACCUGGAGAGGUAUGAAUCAGUCAGGGCUAAGAAUAAACCAAAUUCUAACCUCGUAAGCCAGUAUGAAGCCCUUUGUAAAGAAAGAGGAGCAUAGGGAUGUCACGUUUCUUCUCAUCCACAAAGAUGACUAUGGUGGGUGGGAGGGGGAGAGUUGUUGCAUUACCUUGGCAGAGAUGCUUCAUGAUAAAUUAGCUAUCAAUAUUUUCGUGUUGGCUUUACAUGUACUAUUCAGUGUAAGUUAUUCCUCUAGUAUUGUUGUGCUCAAUGAAGUCUUUGGUUCAAACUAGGUACUAGUAGCUACAGACUGACCACUGCACAGAAAACUUAAAGGAAAAGAUUUUAACUGACUCGUACAGACUGCUAUCACCAUAGACAAUAGGAAAUAGUAAAAGUAGGCCAUUUGGCCUCUUGAGUUUGCUCUGCCAUUCAAUAAGAUCACAGAUUUCCUUGCCCAUUUUCCCACCCAUAAACCUUGAUUCCCUUACUGAUUGGGGGGGAAAACUAUCCAUCACAGCUUUGAAUAUAUUCAAGGAUUCAGCCUCCAUAAGAGACUCAGCCCUUUGAGAAAAAUUCUUCCUCAUCUCUGUAUUAAGUAGUUACCCCCGAUUCUGAGACUUUGCCCUCUACUAGACUAAUCCACGAGGGCAACAUUCUUCCAGCAUUUACCCUGUUAAGUCCCCGAAGAACCUUCUUGUAUGUUUCAACAAGAUCACCUCAUUCUUCUAAACUCCAAUGAUUGCCAACUUUUCCUCUCAACACAAUCUCUCCACACAAGGGAUCAUCCCAAUGAACCUUCUCUGAUUUGCCUCUGAUGAUGUAACUUUCUUCAAAUAAGGGAAGCAAAACUGUACACACCACUCUAGAUGUGGCCUCCCUGGUGCCUUUUAAAUUGUAGUAAGAUUUAUGCUUGCAUAGCUUUGCAAUAAAAGAUAGCAUUACAUUAGCCUUCCUGUUUGCCUACUGUACUUGUAUGUGAGCUUUCCGUGUUUCAUGCAUCUCUCCUCUGUGAGUGAAUGCCCUUCUACAAUCCUCAAUUUCCCACACCCCUUCUACUGUGCAUUGUGGUAUCAAGAAACUAAAGAUUAUAUGAUAUAAAUAAUAUAAAAUAUCACACACUGACUUCUGUACUCUGAUAGCCUUGUGCUAAUUGCAUUUUUAAUCAUAACCAUAAGUUUAACCUGCAUGUACUUCUCUCUAAGUCUGACUCUGAAUGCAACUUACUCUGGAGAUCACUCAAAGGAGCCCGUUCCCAACUGUACAGAUGAUCACACUUCACUGCAGAUCCCUUGCAAGGUGCCCUCUAACUUGAAAUAUUACUCAUAUACAGUCUUAACUGUAGGUGAUUUUGAAAAUAACUCAUGAUCACAGGAAGGAACCUGUUCCCAUGUGUAUGGGUGAUCAGACCUCUUCACUGCUUCAUUACAAGUUUCUAAAAUUUGCUUUAAACCCUCCUUAUUCUGUUAUGCCAACAAAAACACACACCUGACAAUUUGACUGACACCCCUGCCCCCUAUGAUUGUACCAUCUUUAUCUCAGACUUGUCCAUUAGCUGCAAGUCUGAGAAAUUAUUGCUUCACACUCCUGUAUCAAUGAAUUAGGCUAUUAUCCUUUGAAGGGAAGGUCCUCUUGUUUGACCAUUAUCACACGGAUGUAUUUUGAUGUGGAAAUAUUUGGGUUUAUCAGCACUUCAAAAGCUGCUGAAAACAUUUAAUUCCAGCUACAAUUUAAGCAUUAACAUUUCCAAAGGCUUUGAAUUUAGGUCUGGUGAAACCAUGCUGUUACUUCUUUAUGAAUCUGUGAAUCUUGAAGUCAGCCAGAUCAGAUCACUGGGGUUCAAAGAAGGACAAAAGCAGUUCAUUUUCUUCAGCUCACAACUUGUUUUAAAAGUUCAUCUGGUUUUUCAUGGCAUGCUUAGAAAUGAAACUUAGUUGAUUUUUAGUCAUUUGGUUAAGUUGCUAUCGAUUUGACUAGAAUAGCUCAGUUACUAAUGUAUUUAAAAAGCAGUUGUGUCAAAUAUACUAAUCCCAAACUCUGUGAAUUUUUCACUUUUAACCUUUUUUUUUCACUUUAGUUCUAUCCUCUGAUAAAUUGCAUCUUUUUUUGGGCCAUAUUAGCCCUUUCCUGCAGUGCCUGAAAUCUUGGCAUAAUAUCUGCUCCCAGUGAUCCCAGCUAGGAGAAGAUAAAUCACAUGUUUUGUUACACUCUCGCAUUCCUCAGCUUAAAUGAAGGUCUUUAUGGGUGGCGGAAGCAGACUCAGUCAGGGGUUUCAAAAGGGAGUUUGGUAUGUGCUUGAGGAAAAAUAAUUUGCAAAGCAAUGGAGAAAGAGUAGGGUUAAUUGGACUGAUUUUUCUAUUGGAAGCCAGGUGGACUGAGUAACUUUUUCCUGUGCCAAAACAAUUUUGGAAAAUGCCAAAAUUUGGACUUGCCCAAGAUCAAUAGUUUAAUGGAGUUGGAUACUGAAUUUACAAUGUUUGUGCUUCGCCAAAAUUAUUUCCUCCUUACCUAGACGACUGAUGGAAGUGACUUGGUGUUUACGUAGGACUCCAUCUGUUACUCGCAAUCCUUCAAUUUUUCGACUUCAUUUGGGAUUUUGCUGUACUUGACUAUCUGGUAACUGAGGCAGUUUCCAUCCUUUGGACAUUUUUCUUCAUCCAAUUGUUAUCCUGAUUUGUAUGAUGAAGUCACUUGGAAACCCCAAAAUACACUUUCUCAAUCUGCAUAAGUGGUCCAGAUAUGUGUGGUAUUUGUGUAUUACUGAUUUAUUGGUGUCACUAAUUUUAGUUUGUUUCAGGUUUCCAACAUCUACAUUUUUUUUGCCUUUUGAUUAUGGUAACUUUAUCUGAAUAAAGGAUAUAUUGUUAACUGUUCUUAAGUUGCAAUUUUAAUAAACUUUUUUUUCCCCUGGUGAUCAUUAA